CCGGCGCCGGCGGGGGGGCUGCGCUUGGCGGCUGUGAUGGAGAGUCUGCAGCGGCAGCAGGCAGCCCGCCUGGCCCGCGGCCCCGACGGCGCACACCGGCGGCCUCCGGGGGAGCCCGAUCCCGGGCCGCUGCUUGCCGCUCCCCGCCGCCGCCUGGCCCCUGACCCGCGCCCGCCGCCCGCCACCGCGGGAGGGGAGGAGGAAGAGGAAGAGGAGGAGGAGGAGGAUGAGGGGGAGGAAGAGGAAGAAGGAGAGCCCCGCGAGCUGCCGCGUCCCCCACACCACGAAUGGACCUACGAAGAGCAGUUCAAGCAGCUCUACGAACUGGAUGAGGACCCAAAACGCAAAGAGUUCCUGGAUGACCUUUUCAGCUUCAUGCAGAAGAGAGGGACACCUGUGAACCGCAUCCCCAUCAUGGCCAAGCAGGUGCUGGACCUGUACACACUUUACCGACUGGUGACGGACAAGGGUGGCCUGGUCGAAGUCAUCAACAAGAAGAUCUGGCGUGAGAUCACGAAGGGCCUCAACCUACCUACCUCCAUCACCAGCGCUGCCUUCACCCUUCGCACUCAAUACAUGAAGUACUUAUAUCCCUACGAAUGUGAGAAGCAGGCACUCAGCUCUCCUGGAGAGCUCCAAGCUGCCAUAGACAGUAACCGCCGGGAGGGACGGAGGCAAGCUUUCGGCACAGCACUGUUCAACUACUCUCCAGCUGGCACUCCAACUCUGAUGGGCUCUCCCAAAAUGCCUCUGCCAGCUCUUAGCAUCUCCACACACAACUGUGGCCAGCUGGGACAAGUGCAUGCCAUUAAGAAAGAGGAUGGCAUGCUGGCAGCAGCAGUGCCAGGGCACAUUACUAUCCCGGUGGGACUGGCCAGGCAUCACCUCACAGCAGCCCAAGCAGCAGCUGCCUCGCAAGCAGCGGUGCUGGAGCAGCUGCGGGAGAAGUUGGAGACUGGGGAACCUCCAGAGAAGAAGGUGGCCCUGACAGUGGAGGAGCAGCAGCGGCUGGUGCAACACACGCUGCAGCACAACCUGCUGGCUGUGGCUUCCCAGUUCCCCAUGAACGUCAAGAUCUCCAACCGAGAUGACAGACAGGAGACUGCAUUGAACCUGUCCACCAACGGCAUUAGCAGUAUCAACAUGUCAAUAGAAAUAAAUGGAGUUGUCUACACAGGUGUCCUGUUCGCCCGCCGGCCCCCAACCACUCCGGCCCCCAGCGGAGGAAGUACCCAGAGUCGGCCAAACCUGGUGCCUGCACCAAACCCACUUCUCCUAGCCCCCUCACACAGCUACACUCCCACCAGCACCUCACUGUAAAGGAGAUGUCAGCCCUCAACAAAAGCAGUGGGGAUCCCCAGAGCCUGGGAGGCUGAGCUGUGAAACCCAGCUGGGCCACCAAGGUGGGAUGGGGAGCCCAAUGGUGCCUCUUGCUGCACUAUUCAGCUGUAUUUGUGCACGUCUGGGGGCACCCACAUGGGCCAUUUUGCCACUCACUGCCACAUGUGAGACCUCUUCCCCACACAUUCCCUCUAACAUGCUCACCUUCCUUCCCAGGCACUGCCCUGAAGUGACCCACCCCCAUACAGCUCCCAUCAGCCCUGAGGCACUGCUGGGCCAUGUGUGCUGCAUCCUCUGCACACUGCAGCCUCUAUACGCACCUCGAUGUACCUGCUGCAGCCCCUAUACGCACCUCAGUGCUUACACUAUCCUCCACAUUGUCACACUCAAUGCACAUGCCAUAUCUCAUGUACUGUCUCCCCUAUACACCUCUCUAUGCACACUACUUUCCUUUUACACACUCUUGGUGCAUACACUGUAUCCCCUAUACACCUCUUUGGUGCCCACACUGCAUCACCUGUUCACACCCUCCAUGCAAACACUGCAGUCCCUGCACACUGCAGCCCCUAUAAACUGUAACCCCUGUACACUGUAUCCCCUAUAUACUGCACCCCCUACACAGCCCUCCUGUGCUGCCUAAGCUUGCUGCCCCUGCCCUGAGGCAUGCCUCAGGGCCCUGGGUGCCCCCUGGUCACCCCAGGGGUGAUGUCACCUCCAGCCCCUGGAUCCUCGACUCAGGCGGGCUACCCUGUGGGGCAGUUAUUGGGGAUAUUGGUGGGAAGGGAGGGAGUGAGAUGUUGCAGGUAGU